AUGCCCUCCCCUCCCCUCCGCAUCGCCAUCCUCGAAUGCGACACGCCCCUCCAAAACACCAAUUCCAAAUACGGCGGAUACGGCGGGGUAUUCACCUCACUCCUCCAGCGGGGGGCCUCUUCGCUCUCCCCUCCGCUCCCCGAAACCUCUCUGCAGAUAAGUAAAUACGAUGUUGUCACCGCGCAGGAAUAUCCCUCUCUCUCCUCCAUCGACGCAGUCCUCAUUAGCGGAUCGCGACAUACGUCUUUUGAUUCUGAUGCGUGGAUCGUGAAGCUGGUGGAAUUUGUGAAGGGGGUGUUGGCGCAGGAGAGAGUGCGCCUGGUGGGAGUGUGUUUUGGACAUCAGAUUAUUGGGAGGGCGUUGGGGACAAAGGUGCAGAGGAGUGAGAGGGGGUGGGAGGUGAGUGUUACGCCUGUGGAGUUGGACGGGGAGGGGAAGGAAAUUUUUGGGUUGGAGAAAUUGAACAUAUUCCAAAUGCACAAAGAUAUCAUCUACGAAUAUCCGCCCGAAGUCGAACAAUUGGCCUACACAGAUAAAUGCGCCACGCAGGGAAUGUACAUCAGCAAAAGACUCAUCACCGUCCAAGGACAUCCGGAAUUCACAGAGGAGAUAGUGCGGGAAUUAUUAGAGGCACGACAUGCAUCGGGGGUUUUUGACGAUGAGACUUACACGGAUGCGGUGGGGAGAGUAGCUAAGGAGCAUGAUGGUGUGAAAGUAGCGCAGGCGUUUUGA